AAGUUAGUUGUGAAGUUGUUAGCAAUGAAGAAGGUUGUACAACUCUUGUGUACGUUCUAGAGGAGGCACAAUUAGGCAAAUUUUCACCUCUGUGUCCACCAAAUUGGCCCUAAAUUGAUGGGAAAGUGCAAAAGAGACGUGCAGUGUUUAUAUUAAAUUGAGAAAAUGACAACAUUCGAUGGGACAAUGUUGGGAAAAUUAAUUAUCAGUGUUUGUUUACCUUUUGCCCUCUUUCACUUCACAAAUGGAUACCUUCUGCAUCAUCAGUGCUCCCAUCACCAUCCAAAAGCUCAUGAGGUUAUUCACGGCGCCCACAUUGAGCCAGCACACAUAAUCCGGAAGCGGAGCCUGGAUCAGCCCCUCCGGAUGACCAUCACAUACGAUGAGUCCGUUUUUAGACUGGACGAAGAUAAAUUUGAAUUAGUUAAUACAAUCAUUCUGCCAGAAGCUGUGCAUUUUUGGGAGAAGGCACUCAUGGUGCGGGGGACGAAGCAAGUCAUUAGGUUAAAUAGGAAAUGCGAGAGUAGUCAGGUUUUCGUGAAAAAUUCCCUGACAUAUUGCAUAGAUUCGUGCAAGUCAACAACAAUGUGCGGUGAGGUGGCAGUCCCUGAAAAACAUCUUGACGUCUGUCGGACGUGCAAUGCCACGGGGCAGGAUUGUCGAGAGGCACUGGGGUCAGUGGCUGGCCCAGGAAUUGCGGAUACGGAUUUUAUUUUCUACGUUUCCGCACGCCAGACUGAGCGUUGCCACAAGGGCCUAACGGUGGCCUAUGCGGCGCACUGCCAGCAGGAAGCAGCCCUCGAUAGACCAAUUGCUGGUCAUGCAAAUCUCUGCCCAAUGAGUAUCAGUACAAAGCCACAGGAGUUGCAGACACUCCUGUCGACCGUUAAGCACGAAAUCCUCCAUGCACUGGGCUUCUCCGUGAGCUUAUAUGCUUUCUUCAGGGACGAGAAGGGUAACCCGAGGACACCGAGGAAGCCGGACACGGGGAAGCCCUAUCUCAACGAGAAGCUCCAAAUUCAUCAGUGGAGCAACAGUACAAUUAGGCGGGUCGUACGCGACCAUUGGGCUGUCCGUGGGGGGCAUAUUAGGCGUGCUAUUGACAUGAUGGUGACACCGAGGGUGGUGGCGGAAGCCAGGAAGCACUUCAAUUGCAGUGCUCUCGAGGGAGCUGAGCUGGAGGAUCAGGGGGGCGAGGGAACGGCACUAACCCACUGGGAAAAGCGGAUAUUCGAGAAUGAGGCAAUGACGGGGACACAUACACAAUCACCCGUCUUCUCGAGGAUAACGCUGGCACUGAUGGAGGACUCAGGGUGGUACAAAGCCAAUUAUAGCAUGGCGUCACCACUCACGUGGGGCCGGAACUUGGGGUGCAAUUUUGCCAUGCGAAGCUGCAAAGAUUGGAUUGCGAUGAAUCACGCAAACGAAUCACUUUCCUCGGGAACCAGUGAAGCAUUUCGAGGUCGCACGAUUCAUCCAUUCUGUUCGAAAGUGAAGAGGGAUCCACUUCAGACGGAGUGCACCGACGAUAGGAAUUCAGUGGCCUUGUGUAAUUUAAUUAGGCACGACUAUCCACUGCCCAAAGAGUACCAGAACUUUGAUAGUAUUGCCCAUGUGCUGCCGGGGGAGGAAGAGUACUACGGUGGAUCCGUGUCACUCGCAGAUCACUGCCCGUACAUCCAGGAAUUCACGUGGAGAAGCAAAAAUGUCACCGUCAGAGGUUCACAGUGUCAAUUUGAAGACAAUAACCCAAAGCCCGAGAAGAACUUCGCUCUGGAGUCGUAUGGAGAGAAUUCCAAGUGCUUCGAUCACACGGACGCCAUGUGGGAGGAACGCUCGUGUCGGCAGACACGGGAAUGGCAGCACUGGGGCUCAGGAUGCUACAACUACCGCUGCGAGGAUGGGCGGUUGCACAUUCAAGUGGCAAACUACUCAUUUGAGUGCUUCCACGCUGGUCAGGAGAUCAGUGUGCGCAUCUUUGCGGGUGGCUGGCUCCACCGCGGUGCCCUACGCUGCCCACCGUGUCGCGAUGUCUGCGGCGAGGAGUUUGCCAGCCGUGGGGAGCACUGCAGGGUCGGUGAGGAGGCUCCACCGUCCAAUUGGUAUCCACGUGAUGAGCUAAAAUGCUCCGGAAUGCGUUGGCUUCCAUCCCAUCUACUUCUCGCACUCCUCUGCCUCCUUCUCCCGGCUGGGUUGACAUAGUCCUACCGCGGUGGAUCCCCACUGUGGGCUCCUCCUGAUCGUGAUCUAUAGAGAAGCAUCUAAGAAUGUGAUAAUCCCACAAAAGAACUUAUUAAUUAAAACCUUAAGACGCUGUGCGGCGAAAGUGAAAGAAAAGUGCGUGGAAAAGACCGCCGUGUAAAUGUGAAUCGAGUCGCGUGUUCAAAUCUUUAACAAAAAAGAAACAAUUCUUACGUUGCUCCAUUAAAAGUUUUUGAAUUUCCCUAAAAGUAUUCUUGAGAAAGAAAAAAAAUUAUUAGAAUAGUGAAGCGUAGAGACUAUAUAUUCUUGAUUUACAAAAGGAAUGAGAUUUAGAGGGAUGUUUAGGAAUGAGAAAGAAUUAGUGAGAAUUUAAUUAAUUUAUUUAGCGAGCAGAAUACUCAAAGUAAAGGACUCGUAGGCUGCCCUACGAGUUUCUAUAGUAAUUCCAAUUUUGUUCUCCCCGUGUUUGUGGGAAUGAAACUCCAACACGGCGAUAUGUGGACUGAUUGACGAAGGCAUUCCCAAUUAGUUUUGUUUUUUGGUGCAUUAUCUCCCCUCCGUCACGCGGGGGCUGCAAACAAGGCCACGCCAUUCUGCAGAAGGUGUGCACACACGAGAAAAGUGCGUGAGCGAAGGUGUUUCACGCAGAAAAGAACCAACAACUUUCGAGAUAAAUUGCCAAAGUAAAAUGUAAUUUGUUCAAAAAUCUGUGAGAUAUAAAAGUUUAUUGAAAUUACAGCA